AUGGAUGCCGAUGUCGAUGCGAACGAUAUCGAUGAUGAUGAUGAUGACGACGAUGCUGGCAUAUUCAGCAUCACCAAAGACUUCCACAGUGAGGACGAUGACGCCCUCGCUGGUAAAGAAAACGUUCUUCCAGCAGUGCACACGAAGCGAACUGCUGUUGACAAGGAUGAAUCAUCAGAGGAAUUUCUGCUGACUCGCGAAGCGGUUGUCCGCUUCGUUCAAGACUCGAUCGCAGAUGCACUGGACAGAUAA